AUGAUGAUGGUCCAUUCGCAGAUAAUCACUUCUGCUGACCUCUCUUCGAUGGCGCACAUGCAAACAUUUUCCGCAGUCGACCAAGAAUCUAACGGUACCGCGAGGGACGAAGAUAAAAAUACUAUCUCAAUUUCCAGCCCUCUUGACGGGGCUACGCAAUCCCUACAGUCAGUGUCAAAAUUUCCAAGCCAGGAAGCCUCAGCCUUGGCGGUAGCAUCUUCAUUUAUGCUGACCCAAUGCCCAGUCUCAGACAGGCAUGGUCGACAGACAAGAAAGGAAGAGAGCCUGCGACAGUUGGAUAAAGAAGAAAAUUCACGUCAGAAGCCCAUGGGAAAGCAGUAUUGCAAGUACCAGCAAAACAAAGAAGGAGAGAGACCGCGAUGUCAGCGUCCCCUGGAUCCACGACACCAUCAUCAUCGGCAUCAGCACCAGGAGCAGCAGCAGCAGCAGGUGAAACGGAAGCAGAAAGUUGAACAACAACUUCAACUACCCUAUUCACACCAGCAUCAAAACUGUGAGAGGGAAGAGGUGACAAUGCAUGAAUUGGCAGAAGAGCUUAGAGAAAAAUGCGAGAAAGAAAGGCUACCAGAAGAUAGGCUGAUGGCCAUUAGAGUAAGUCUGAGGAGGGUUGAGGAAAUACUUAUUGUUAAAAGUAAAAAUGGAGAGAAUUUGCUUUAUGAGAGUUAA